CUGAGGUAGAUCAUGAAAUAAAUCCUGGACCUAUGAAUAUCCAGUUUGAUUCAUCAGAUCUAAGAUCCAAAAGGCAGUCAGCAUCUCGAUGAAAACUGUUGGAAAAGAAAAACUUUCAGAGUCAUUCUGCUCUCAGAGUACCCAAGCCAACUAAACGGGUACAGUUAACACUUCUUGAGAAGUGAAUGCCUUGCCUUGGUACAUCCCAUUUCUAAUGGAGGACAAGAAGUUAUUUUCUUCAAUGGCUCACUUCCAGAAUUUCUGGCUGAACGUUCUUUGUCAAGUGUAUAUUCCCUUCUCUAGGCCUUUCUAUAUAGAGCCCACAAACAUCGUCAAUGUGAAUGAUGUCAUUCAGAGGGUUAGUGACCAUGCCUCUGCCAUGAACAAGAGGAUUCAUUACUACAGCCGGCUCACUGCUCCUGCAGACAAGGCACUGAUUGCCCCAGAUCAUGUAGUUCCAUCUCCAGAAGAGUGCUAUGUAUAUAGUCCACUGGGUUCUGCUUACAAACUUCAAAGUUACACUGAAGGAUAUGGUAAAAACACCAGUUUAGUAACCAUUUUUAUGAUUUGGAAUACCAUGAUGGGAACAUCUAUACUAAGUAUUCCUUGGGGCAUAAAACAGGCUGGAUUUACUACUGGAAUGUGUAUCAUCAUGCUGAUGGGCCUUUUAACACUUUAUUGCUGCUACAGAGUAGUGAAAUCACGGGCUAUGAUCUCGUCAGUGGAUACCACUACCUGGGAAUAUCCAGAUGUCUGCAGACAUUAUUUUGGCUCCUUUGGACAGUGGUCGAGUCUCCUUUUCUCCUUGGUGUCUCUCGUUGGAGCAAUGAUAGUUUAUUGGGUGCUUAUGUCUAAUUUUCUUUUUAACACUGGAAAGUUUAUUUUUAAUUUUAUUCAUCACAUUAAUGACACAGACACUGUACUGAGUACCAAUGAUAGCAACCCUGUGAUUUGUCCAAGUGCCGGGAAUGGUGGCCAUCUUGACAAUGGCUCUAUCAUUUUCUACGCCAAUGACACAGGACUCCAACAGUUUGAAAAGUGGUGGAAUAAGUCCAGAACAGUACCUUUUUACCUCAUAGGGCUCCUCCUGCCACUGCUCAAUUUCAAAUCUCCUUCAUUUUUUUCAAAAUUUAAUAUCCUAGGCACAGUGUCCGUUCUCUAUUUGAUUUUCCUCGUCACCUUUAAGGCUAUUCACUUGGGAUUUCAUUUGGAAUUUCAUUGGUUUAUGCCAACAGAAUUUUUUGUACCAGAGAUAAGAUUUCAGUUUCCACAGCUGACUGGAGUGCUUACCCUUGCUUUCUUUAUUCAUAAUUGUAUUAUCACACUCCUAAAGAACAACAAGAACCAAGAAAACAAUGUGAGGGACUUGUCCAUUGCUUAUAUGCUGGUGACAUUAACUUAUCUCUAUAUUGGAGUCCUCGUUUUUGCUUCAUUUCCUUCACCACCGUUAUCCAAAGAUUGUAUAGAGCAGAAUUUUUUAGACAACUUCCCUAGCAGUGACAUCCUGUCCUUCAUUGCAAGGAUAUUCCUGCUGUUCCAGAUGAUGACUGUGUACCCACUCCUAGGCUACUUGGCUCGUGUCCAGCUGUUGGGCCAUGUCUUCGGUGACAUUUAUCCUAGCAUUCUCCACGUGCUGGUUCUUAAUCUAAUUAUUGUGGGAGCUGGAGUGAUCAUGGCCUGUUUCUACCCAAACAUAGGAGGAAUCAUAAGAUAUUCAGGAGCAGCAUGCGGCCUGGCCUUUGUAUUCAUAUAUCCAUCUCUCAUCUAUAUCAUUUCCCUCCACCAAGAAGAGCGUCUGACGUGGCCUAAAUUAAUCUUUCACAUUUUCAUCAUCAUUUUGGGCCUGGCUAACCUGAUUUUUCAGUUUUUUAUGUGAAAUACUCAACUAUCUUCUCAAGACCUUUCAUUUUGAACUUUGACAACAGUUCCACAUAAAUUCACUUGUAAAUGCUGUUAUUGCCGUAAUUCUAAAUGUUUUCCUAAGAUAAUUUGAAAACAAGGGAAAUAGUGGUUCAUUAAUAAGUAAUUUUGAUUAGAGUGGGGAAAGGGGCAAUAAGACUGAUCUUAGUCUCUUUACUUUUUUCAUAUUCACUCACCUCUUCAUUCUCAUCUUUUCUGAAUAGAAGUGUAUGCUUUUAGGAAAAAUCAUGCUGGGUUUUGCUUUUAGAGAUAUGAGGUAGGUGGGUUUAUUUUGGCUACAAUAAAGAUUCUCAGGGUGUCAUAGCAAUGUAUAUCUCCAGAUCCUGUUUCUGCUUUAUGUUUCACCAUAUUCACUUUCAUUUGAUUACUUGCUAGACCAUUUUUGCAGUUUGCCCAAACCCUUACUGUUUGGGACCGUAAACCAAAUACCUCAUUUUUAAAAAGAAG